GUGACUGUUCCAAGCCAGGCAUACCCCAAUAACGACCCUGUUCGGGUGAAUGCAUCGGUAACAUAUGAACAAACGCCUGCGCGCGAGUAUACGACUUCCGCACAGGCGCCGCGGCGUCGGACUCGAUCCCCAUCUCCGAGGACUCAUCAACUUGCGCGAACUUCUCUGAUCGCACAGCAACCUCACUCCAAGGGCAAGUCUAUGGAUAAGAAACCGGCGCUUGCCUGCCUAUUCUGUCGGGGGCGGAAGAUCGCGUGCGGACCUCCACCACCAGGGACUAAAGAAAAGACGUGCAAUCAAUGUGCUCGGCGCCAUUUGAAGUGUGAAUACCCCCUUGAGAGUCGACGCGGGAUGCGCAAGCGCAGGUCGCUGGUCUCA